AUGAGUAACGGGAUCGAUUCGAUGAAAGCGUACUUCCCCGCGGUGUUAAAAGGGUGCGAGUCCGCGUCAGAUAAAUUUUUCAAGUGCCUGAACGAAAAUUUGCAACCCCACGGAAAUGAGCAGAUCGACAGCGAUGGCAUAAAUCAGUGCCAACCGUUAAAAAUAAAUUAUGAGAAGUGCAUGGACGAGAAGCUGCAAAAGAACACGUUGACAGCCCGCAAGGAUUACAACGAUUACAAAAUGUGUAUGCAGUCGAACAGGCGCAGCAGCAAUGCGAAGGAAAGGUGCGCCAGCGACCUGGACAGGGCGAUAAAUACGACAACGCAAAUCAUAUCUCGGGAAUGCCUGCCGCACACAGAAGAGCUGUACAAAUGUUUUAAGCAUUCAUUUCGCCUGAGCUUCUGCGAUAACGGCGUUAUUGAAAGGUUAAAAAAUUGCCAAUCGGAUAUUUACAAGAUGAUAACGUCGUGA